AUGAAAUAGAUGCAUCAAUUAUUGCUGAUGCAAGAGUUAAAUUCCCACUUGAAGAGCAAGUAAGGGAUGAAGCUAGAUACAUUUUCAACCACAUAUUCACUCUUGGAGAAUGUAAAAAUCUUAAUAUGACUGGGAAAGUCCCUGUUGGUGUUGAUUCAAAGGGAAAACUGAACCAAACUAAGGUGGCAGCCCUUGCUGAGGCUGUGAGAAAACUAUAUGGAGACAGUGCAGCAAGGAAACAUGUUAAAGUUGUUGUGACCAGGCAACUUAGUUUUGUUAAGACGGAAACCAGUCCUAUCAAAGCCCAGAUUAUCACAACAACCAGAAGACAACAAGUUUGUGUUGAUUGA